AUGGCCUCUGAUCUGGAGCAGCUCAUCGAAAUGGGCUUUGAGAAGGAGAGGGCGGAAUUGGCUGUCAAGAAGACAGGAAACUUGCAGGGGGCGCUUGAAUGGCUCGAGGUCAACCAGGACAAAAGUCUAGAAGAAAUUAAAGCGUCACAGGCCGAAGAAGCCGACAACGAGGAGGGGCCCGCACUUCAACCUGGCGAAGAAGCACGCAGUCUUGUCUGCAACGAAUGUGGCAAGAAGUUCCGAAGCCAGGCACAGGCCGAGUUCCACGCCUCUAAGACUGAACACACCGAUUUUUCGGAAUCUACGGAGGAGCUCGCCCCUUUGACCGAGGAGCAAAAGAAAGAACGUCUUCAAGAGUUGAGGGAAAAGCUGGCUGCCAAGCGGGCUGCGCAGGCAGAGCAGGAUAAGAUUGAACAGAGGAAGAAUGAGGAAAUCCGCCGGAAAAACACGCAGGAGAAUCAGGACGCAAAGGAGGCUUUGGAGAGGAAGCAGAGACAGAAGGAAGAGGCAAAGAAGCGACAAGAAAAGAUGGACGAUAAAGCUCAUCUUGCACGCGUCAAAGCACAAAUCCAGGCUGAUAAAGAGGAACGCCGUCGGAAGGCCGAGCGCGAGCGCGCCGAGCGUGCUGGAACAGCAAUUCCCCAAGCUGCCGCCGAACCCGUUCCUGCGCCGACUACAACUGGCCCUGUCGUAUCCAAACCUGCCUCGGCGUACACCGAGACCCGUCUGCGCUUUCAAACGUCUCAAGGCAACAUCAUGAAGACCUUGCCAGUCACACUUACCCUGUUCGAGGUCGCCGAGGCCCUUCGGCAAGAGGACGGUGUAAAUGUUCAAAGCUUCACUCAAACUUUCCCCAAGAAGAUCUUUGAUAAAGAAUUAUUCGGAGAGUCACUGAAGGACCUUGGCCUUGUCCCCAGCGCCAGCCUUAUCGCUCAAUAA